AUGGAUGUAACAGCUGCACCAGAAACUGGUGGUGCAUCAAAUCCCAAUGACAUGCUCCUGCCUCCAAAACAAGUGUCAGUUGACCAAGCGCCAUCACCGAAGGAAGCACUUCAGCCAGAGGAAUCAAAAGGUUCAACUCAUAGCAAUGACCAAAAGAGGAGUAUCCAAGAGAGACAAAAUGGAUCUCAGGCCUCAUUGAAUAAGAAACUGGUUGGCCCACCACCGCUGUUACCUCCUCCAAAUAUUCCGUUGGAAGAUGAAAAACAGGCACCUUCCGGAAGUCACAAAAAGAAUGCCAAUGUCGCAAACAACGCUCCUCGUAAUGUGGACCAAAGAUAUCCUCCCAACCAAAAUGGUGCUUUAGCAGAGAACCAGAAUAACAUUGGUCCCUCAAGAAGCGCAACCAAUGGACAAUUGCCUGCAAGAAGGAGCGACUCACCUGUGAAACCAAUCAAUAGUUCGUCAAACGAUAGCUCUGCAGGGAGAUCAACUACCCCUUCUUCCAAAGUUGAAAAGCAAACUACUUCAGACACUUCUGGCCAGACGUCUCAACUUGGUUCAGGUCAAAAGAAUGCAUCUGGUCUUACUCCAAGUGAGGACUUUGACAUGACCAACGUUAAAGGUAAACCACCUCCAAGAAAACCAGUUGACCCAACUUUUAGAGGAUGGAAAGAAGUUGGUGGAUUUGAGGCUAACGACGCAUUGACCGCAGCUGAUGAGACUGUUGACUUGUUGUCGAGGGGGUCUGUUUUUGAUCAAUACUUGCCAUCUGCUGCAUAUGGUGAUUGGUAUCACAAUACUGCCUUUUUAAUUGUUGGUGGUUUAUUGUCAUGGAUUAUUGGAUGGUUCAGAUUCUCAGUUGCUCCAUUAUUCUUUGUCAUGGUGGUUUUUGCAAUCUUGUAUCGUGCUUCGGUUAAAAAGUAUAGAGGAGUGUUGAGAGAGCAAGCUCAGAGAGAGUUUUCGGUGAAGACGAUUGAGGAUGAUUACGAGACAAUGGAUUGGUGUAACUACUUUUUGGAAAAAUUUUGGUACUACUUGGAGCCAUCUAUCUCACAAAUCGUUUGUGAUCAAGCAAAUCCUAUUUUGGCUGGUUUACCUAUUCCAUCGUUUGUUACUUCAGUCUGGCUUGAUAGUUUUUCAUUGGGAACAAAACCACCAAGAAUUGAUUGCGUAAAAACUUUGAUUGGUACAGCACCAGAUGUUGUCGUUAUGGACUGGGGGUUUUCAUUCACUCCAAACGCCAAUGUUGACGCAAACAACAAACAAUUGAAGAACAACGUCAACGAAACAAUUGUUGUCAAAGCGACAAUUUUUGGGGUCACGAUUCCAGUAACCAUUGCUGAUGUUUCAUUCAAAGGAAUGGCCAGAAUUAGAUUGAGAUUGAUGUCGUCCUUCCCUCAUGUGGAGACUGUGAAUGUAUCAAUGAUCGAACCUCCACAAUUUGAUUUCAAUACAAAGCUUUUAGGGGAAUCUUCGUGGUGGUGGGAAGUUUUAGCAAUUCCAGGUUUAUAUCCCUUGAUCAAUGAAAUGGUAAAGAAAUAUGUGGGACCAAUUGUUUUCAAUCCUAUGUCAUUCCAAUUGAACGUUCAACAAUUGUUGGCUGGUAACGCUUUGGACUCAGCAAUUGGUGUGUUGACAAUUCGCGUUGAUUCUGCUCGUGGCUUGAAAGGUUUCAAAUAUCUCGGUAACACAUUGGAUCCUUACUUGACAUUUGGAUUUUUGAAUAAAGUUUUGGCCAAGACAAAAGUUAUUGAUGACACAAGUCAACCUGUAUGGAACGAGACUGUGUAUAUCCCAGUUUCAUCGUUAUCGGAGCCAUUGACUAUUAGUGUUAUAGAUUACAAUGAUAUUAGAAAAGAUAGACAGGUUGGUGCAGUUCAAUUUGAUUUGGAAACAUUGGUUGAUAAUCCUCAACAAGAUCACCUUACUGCUGCAUUUUUGAGAAACAAUAAGCCUGUGGGUGAACUUCUUUUUGGAAUGACAUAUCAACCAGUUUUACAAGAGGUCAAACAGGCAGAUGGUGCCACGACACCUCCUCCUGACUUGAAUACUGGUGUUGCUAGAAUUGAGAUUCCCGAAGCCAGAAACUUGAAAGGGGGAGACAAGGGUGCUUCCACUAGCGUGCAACUCAUUUUCGAUGGCAAAUCGGUAUUGGAGACACCGGUUCAAAAGAACACUAAUAACCCAGGUUGGGGCGCAGUCACAGAACAGAUUGUUUUCAAUCGUGCAAAAGCUAGAGCAAAGAUUAUCAUUAAAGACAAGAAUGGAAAGCCCAUUGGUCAAGUCGUCAAGAGUUUGAAUGAAUUGAUUGAUGCAACACAGGUUGAGCAAACUUGGUUUCCAUUGAGCAAAGGAGGUGAGGUUAGAAUUAGUACUAACUGGAAGCCAGUCCAAUUAGAGGGAGCUGGUGGUGCUGGUGGAUACACGCCACCUAUUGGGGUUAUCAGAGUUGGCAUUGAACAUGCUGAAGAUUUGCGGAACUUGGAACACAUCGGAAAAAUUGACCCAUAUGCAAGAAUCUUGAUUAAUGGGUUUGAAAAAGCAAGGACCGCGGCCGUGGAUUCAUCCUUGGACCCAACAUGGAACGAAAUACAUUAUGUCACAGUUUCCUCGGCCAAUCAAAAAUUGACUAUUGAAGCCAUGGAUGUUGAGAGUCAUUCCGCAGAUCGUACUCUUGGAUCAUUUGAUGUCAAAUUGAACGAAUUCAUUCACAAAGAUGAAAGGGGAUUGUACAUUGAGCAUGUGGACAAGAAGGAAAGGACGUCUAAAUUGGUUCUGAAAAAGGGACCAAAGGGUUCAAUCACCUAUACCUUAUCAUUUUACCCAGCAUUGCCAGUCAUGACCACACAAGAUUACAAAGAUGAGGAAGAAGAAAAGAAGGCAGCCGAAGAGAAAAAGAAGAAGCUGGAGGAGGAAAAGAAAACCAACAAGAACCCUGGGGGAUUGGAAGAUGCUGAUCAGGAAAGACAAGCUAAACCGGAAGAGGAUAUUGAUGAUGACGAAAUUGACGAUGAAAAUUUCGGUAAGAAGCUCAGGUUAUCUGUUGAUCAAUUGAUUGAAUACAAGAGUGGUAUUUUAAUUUUUGAGCUUCUUGAAGGUACAGUAUCAAAGAGUGAUACAUUCUUGCAGGUGUACUCGGGAAACCAAGGUUACCCAGACUACGUUAGCAGAGAAUUAACAAAACACAAAUCGAAACUUGAAAUGACUGGUGAUACAGUCAUUACUGAGCUUGAAUGGGCUGAAACAUGUUUCAGACUUGUCAAGGAUGAGGACGACAAUAGGUUGGACAAAUGCGUUGCAGAGACAACCAUCCCCACAUUACAAUUAAUUAAAAAUGGUUUAGAAAAGCCAAUGACUCUUGACUUGUCAGGAAAUGGAAGCGCAUCUUUCAAAGUACAAUUCUCUUGGGUUCCAUUAAUCUAUGCAUCAGGAGUUCCACCACAAGAUUCAAAGGACAAUUCAGGUAUCUUGUAUGUUGAGGUGAAGAAGGCAGAGGGAUUACCAGCUUCCGAUAGAAACGGAAAGUCUGAUCCUUACAUGAAAGUAUAUCUCAACACUGAAAAGGAUUCAUUCACCAAAACGAAAACAGUCAAAAGGACGCUUGAUCCAACUUGGAAUCACAAGGGAGAGGUUGAAGUUGCCAACAAGUACGACUCGACUUUACGUUUCGAGUGUUACGACUGGGAUGCUGUGGAUGCUGAUGAUUUCUUGGGUGUCGGAUAUGUUGAAUUGAGUGCGUAUGAUAUGAAGGAUGGUUCUGUUGAAGUGGAAAUCCCACUAGAAGGAGAGGAUGGAGAACCAGCAGGUAAAGCAUAUGCCGUUUUAUCAUUUGAACCUAAAUUUGUUUUGAACGUUAAGCCAAAGAGUCAAUCCGCUGUUGGUACAGUGGGAAAUGUUGGAAAGGGUGUAGGAAAAGGUGUUGGUAAGGGUGUCGGUUUUGUAGGAAAAGGUGUUGGAAAGGGUAUUGGAGGUGGAUUCAAAGGGUUGAGAAAAGGGUUACACUUAGGAGGAGGUGACCUGGAAAAGGAAUAA